AUGGAAACGCGCACAAGAGGGCGGAGACGAGACAAUCCUGUUCCUGAGAUUGCGGGAUCCCCUCAACAGCAGAUGAGCCCGCGGACUACGCGACGAACUACUGCCACUGCCAAGGACACCAUUACAUUCGUAGGGUAUUAUGGCUCUCUUUCUAAAGACCCUAUUCCUCGCCGCGGCGCCCAACAACGAAAUGAUGCAGCUAGUAUUGCUAGCUUGAGUUCGAGGCGCAAGACGCGUAGCGAGAUUGCCGAGGAUGAGGACGAAGAACUUGAAAGCUCCCAGCCUCAACCAGGGGGCGACUCGUUGCAGGAAGAUUCUCUGAGCCCAGAUGAUGUGGAAAAACAUCAAAUCAUGGCAUCUCUCUUGUCAGAUUUCACAAGAGCUACAGAGGAGCUUCAACGUCGUCUGGUCAACGGUGACUACCAGAACAAAGUGUUUGCUGCAGUUCUUAAGUCGAAGCGCAGCACAUUUCAUUCUAUCCUGGAAAAUUACCUCAAAUCCAAAGAAUUCUUUUCAUUUAUCGAUCUUUCUUGGGUGGAAAGGCUUAGCAACCGUACAGAUGGCGACGCCAGAAUUCUCAAUGCGUCCUCAUGCGCCAACAUCGUCACCGCCCUCGACGGUAUUCAGCACAUUAAGGAUAACACCGUCGAAGACAUUCUUCCUGUUCUGAAAGGCCUCGACUCUGCUUUUAUGCAUCUUUUCACCUCCGAGGAUAGCACUGAAGAUCACUGGAAGCUAGCAUUGGACCUCCGUACAUGCUAUUUCAUUGAGGCGUUGGCAGCCCAAGGGGCACAAUCUGAUUUGGAGCAGACAGUUGUGUCUGUGUUUUGCAAAGACACAGACAGCAAAAAUUAUGCCCAUAUCCUUACCCACGGACCGUUCAAAAGUUUAACAAGAAAUCAUGAGACGGAAACUAGCGAUGACGAGGAUGAACUGAUAUCAAAGCGAGCAAGUGAGCUAUACACAAUCGCCUUCCAGAAUAAGAAAGAUCAUGGUCUGGGACAGUUGCGCGAAUCGUGGCCGCUGGAUCGAACACUGAAAGAGCUGUCACAAUGCCUUGUUCAAUGGUAUGUCAACUCGAAGGACGCCGAAAGAGGUCAAAGAGCAGGGCUCAACGAGCAAACCGAACCGGGAAGAGAAUCAUGGCACGAUGCUGAGGAGACUAUUCCCGACUCUGUUACAGAAUCGCAGCCAAUUAUGCGCCCUACAGGAGAAGAACCAAAGGGGGCUUCUUUGUUCCAGGGAGCAAAGUCUCUCAGAGAUCUCCAACCCGGACCAAAUCGCAACCAGGUAGCCCCUCCUUCCAACCAACAGCAUCACAACAAGACAUCAUCCCCUAUACCAUCCGACUAUCCGGAAGAUGAGACGAGAGACCUUCUACGCAGCGACGUGAUCCGGGACCCAGCUCGCGCUCAAAAACGAAAGCGCAACAACAAUGAUGAUGAAGCUGAUGACGACUACGACGACGACGACGACGACGACUUUGAAGACGACACACGUGAAGUUCCUCCAUCCCGAGUCUCGCAGAUCAAAGCCCAAGCCGCCGUGCAAGCAGCCAAACGCCAGCGUCUUCCCACCAACCCGCCUUCACGAUCCAUGCCUCCACCCCCUCGGCCAACCUCAUCGCAGCCACCCUCCACAGCCGAACCAGACUUCGAGAUCAUCAAGAAACUCAAGAGCGAAGCCAUUGCCCGCGCCCGCGCCCGUGCCCUGGACUCAUCGCAGCACCUGUCGUCCUCGGCCCAUCCACCAUCAUCAGCCAUCACCACACACGCCAUCGCGACACCCGCCAAACAGCGCUACGUAUGGAGCAACAGAGAUUGCAACGUGCUCCUCAGGCUCAUCAAGGAGAGGCACGCCGCGUGGGCCGCCAUCGAACGAGAGCACAGUAGUGAAUUCGAGCACCCCCGUAAUCAGCAGGCGUACCGGGACAAGGCGCGCAACAUGAAGGUAGACUUGUUGAUCAUGGACGCCGUCCUGCCGACUGGCUUUGAUCUAGUCACGCUCGGCAAGAAGGAGAUAGCGAGGUUAUUGAGUCUAGGCAAGAAUCCAUAUAGAAGGGAGCACGAGCAGGAAAACGGAAUGGCCCUCAACACUGAUAUUUAA